UCACUAUUGUAGUGUGAGGAAUGUUUAGCAGCUGCCAGCCCUGAGCUCUGACUGCUGCCUGGAUGAGCUCUGCGCUCGGCUGCUCAUGCCUGCCUCAUUUUCAAGUUUUCAGGGUAUGGUAACAAAGAGUGGCUCCUCCAGUAGUGAGCAGUGCAUAGUCAGCCCAGUCGUGUCCUGUCCCCAGGAGGAUGUACCUGGAGGAUGCUACAUCUCCAUGCAUUCCCAUAAUCCCCUGUUAUAAUUUAACUGGCUGGAUGACUAAAUAACAGCGUUCCUGGACUGCUUCUCUGCCAAGCUCCAAAUGAUUAUAAGCACUCCUCAGAGACUGAACGCCGGAGCAGAUCUUCUCAUAGGGAGACAGUUCUCUACGGCUACCUCAGCCAUGGUCACUCAGAGCCACAUCACAGACACAACUAGCUGGAUCCCCGGGGACAGGAAGCGUUCCCGGGAGUUCAUAGAGGCUGACUUCUCUGAAGGCAAGAGGAGCAAAAGAGGAGAGAAGAGUGGAAAGGGUCUUCGGCAUUUCUCUAUGAAGGUUUGUGAAAAGGUUCAGAACAAAGGCACUACGUCGUACAAUGAGGUGGCUGAUGAGUUGGUGGCUGAAUUUACCAACACCACAGGUCACCUGCCCACUGAUUCGGCUUAUGAUCAGAAGAAUAUCCGAAGAAGAGUUUACGAUGCACUUAAUGUACUAAUGGCCAUGAAUAUUAUCUCUAAGGAGAAAAAGGAAAUUAAGUGGAUUGGUCUGCCGUCAAACUCCGUCCAGGAAUGUGAAAAUCUGGAGAUGGAGAAACAAAGGCGAAUAGAACGCAUCAAACAAAAGAGUGCUCAGCUCCAGGAGCUGCUGCUGCAGCAAAUUGCAUUCAAGCAUUUGAUUCAGAGGAACCGACAAAUUGAGCAACAGAGCCAAACACCACCAGCUAUAAACUCCACCAUCAAGCUGCCCUUUAUCAUUGUGAACACCAGCAAAAAGACUGUCAUUGACUGCAGUAUAUCUAGUGACAAGUUUGAAUACCUCUUUAACUUUGACAAUGCCUUUGAAAUCCACGAUGACAUUGAAGUUCUGAAGAGGAUGGGGAUGUCAUUUGGACUUGAGUCUGGCAAAUGCACAAAAGAAAACCUCAGUCUUGCCAAAUCAUUUGUUCCAAGAGCCUUAGAAGGAUAUGUGACAGAGAUGGCCACAGGAAACUCUUGGGUGGAACAAGGUCUUAAUUUCAAUGCAUCACAGUGUUCUUCAGUGCCUGCUGCGGGUUCUACCACCUAUUCACAGACAAGCAUGAAUACAGGAUUAUUUUUCGACACGGAAGUAUCUCUCACAAACAGCAGCCACCACUCCAGUUCAGGAACAUCCCAUUACACGGAAUCCCGGGGGGAAACCCCCUGCUCAUUUGAUGAUGAUGAGGAUGAUGAAGAUGAUUCUUCCUCUCUGGAGUAACAUGGUUUUAUGGUGUGCACACGGGUGAAGCUAUAUGUAAGUGUGUGCUCCUAGUCUAGUCUUCCAGAGAAAUUUCGAUGAAUCCCAUCGAGAUCAAAGACAAUGUUCUAUAAAGAGAAGCAGUGGAUGCAGUCAUAUGUGCAGAGUACUUCAAGAUGGCCUCUUGAUUGCCAAGCAAUGUUCAGAUCGCACCGGCAACCAUGUUUAGUUUUGUUUGUUGAGCUGAAUCUAAGAGGAUCACAUGCAGGGUAUUUGAAGUGAUCUAUUUCCACUGCUCCUGAGAUAGGACUGCUGCAGCAAUGACUUAUUCAACUCCUAUCACAAGCCUAAGGCCACUCCAGUGAUACGGAACAUCUAGAUACAUUAGGCAAGAUGCCUUUUAAUGACUUGUGGAACACAUGCUGCUAUGUACGGAAUGCUGCAGAAAUGGGGGGAAGCAUAUUUCUGUCUGUCAGACCGAUUGCCGAAAACACAAGGACUUAAAGUUUUAGGAUCAUCCUUGUUGAUGUUCAAAAGGGAAGAUUAUGCUGCCAUGGCAAAUUAUAUUGACAGUUGUUUUUUUUCCUAAUUGUGUAAAGAUAGAAUUUCAGUUUAUUUUUAUUUUAUUUUGGGGUAAGUCCUCCCAAAUAUAAUUCUGUUUUGUGCCGAUAUAGAUGGAUUGAAUCACCCUUCAGCUUCUGAUAACUUUAUUCUCAACAGGGGUUCCAUCCCCUACCAGCUGGGUCUUACAAGGAAAGCUUGCCCGGUAUCCCGAGUGUUUUAAAAAGCCAAAAAAUGAGGAAUACAUUUAAUGCCAAUGAAUUCAUUACGUUUUGGGAGGGCUUAUCUUGUAAUAUUUCAACCAUCUUACAACCAAAAGGUGGAAGCAAAACGCUUAAAACUCACUUAUUCAUCAUUUUCAGCAAUGUUGCAUAGGUAUCUUUACUAUACAGUCAUCUGCUAACAAAUUUGGAUUCUCUUUUUUUCCAAUAAAAUAAAGGGUGUGAGAGUGCAUUUUGUCUAUGUGGCACAAAACUGACGCAGCCAUUUUGUGUGAUGAGGCAGCGCUCAAGGGGAAUACCAGAGCACUUCUGCAUAAAGUUUGUCAUUAGAGUGAACUGCUAGAGGGCAUUCUCAUAAACGAAGCACUGUGUCAAAGCUAAGCACCUUGUGAGAAGGCUGAUAGAAGCAUCCAUUUCCAGACUCUUCCGCCUGGUUCCAGCAUAGUGGUGCAAUGAACAGAUGCAGGUUUAUUGCCAUAGAACGAGCAUAUGAAAAAAGCCUUUUUGCACAUAUGUAUUGGUCCGUGACAGGUUCCCAUUAAUACUGGGUGAGAAUAUACGUCAUGGCUGCCUUUAUUGUGACCUAUAGAUAUCCUAAAUUUAAAUCCAUCAAAUGCCAGUCUUUGACGUCAAUACUCAAUGUGUAUUGACCUUCCCAUCUUGGAUAUUCAGACUGGAGAUUUAGUUUGAAAGGCAGGUAUAAGACAUCUGAAAUGCAAGAUCUGCUUAACUUGCAAUUUUCUGGCUGCUGUACCAGUAUAGUUUUUCAUGUGAUGCUUGUUUUUUUUUUUUUUGUAUAAGUUACAUGGGCGGCAAGAGGUUAAAGUGAAAUUAAACUUUUUGUUUCAAUCAAA